AUGGGUACAUGCACUGCCAAGCAAGAUGCAGUUGCCUCAAAAAAGCCUGCCCAUAUUAGAGUCCCUGACUUUGAUUACCUGAACCGUUCAAAAAAAUUACUGUGCCACGUGACACCUGAAUCAAUUGAAAAGCAUCAGUUCAAGUCAAAAAUCAAAAUCCGAGCCGAUUCCACAGUCGGCUAUAUUUCUAAUGACAGAAUGAUAGUGGUUGGGGGCAGUGAUAGCUCAGGAAUGUUUACAAAUAAUGCUUGCAUUAUAGAUAGCAAAAGUAAAAAAGCGACCGUAAUUGCUAGGCUUCCGAUUUCUGCCAAAGAAGGGGUAUUAUUGGAGUAUAAUGAAUGGAUUUUUUAUGUUGGAGCGGUCAUACAAGAUGAAGAAUCCUUGAUAGGAGUUUCAGGCGCUUCAGUGAUGAGGUAUAAUGUUAAUGAAAAUUAUUGGGAAAUAUUUUUAGAUGAAGCAAAUAAAGGGCAUGAAGAAAAUCCAAUAUCCAAAGAAUUUAUAAUAAAAAAAAUUAAAUUUUAAAAAAAAUAAUUAUAGGCAUUUUAACAGUAAAUUCAAUAUGAAAAUGUAUAAAUUGAAAGAUUUGCUAUAUCCUGGGUGCUUUAUGAUUAAUUCAAAAAUUUAUUUUGUUGGGGGGCAAAGAAUCAACACAAAAGGAAAGCUGAGGUCUAGCAAAAAAGUGUUCACAUUGGAUUGCAAGUCAUUGAAAGUAAAAAAAGAAGAAAUUAGGUUGCCAAUUAAAGUUGUUAACCCGAUUUGUGCUUCUGGCUCUGGGCAUGCUAUUAUUGCUGGAGGUGAUAACCCAAAAACCCAAAAACAUAGCCUAUAUUGCUAUAUUUAACUACACUGACAUGCACGGGGUGCUUUUGGCUCGAAACUGAGCCAAAAGCACCCCGUGCCAGUCAGUGUAGUAGUUCACUAUAUUAUUUUCCCUCGACCCACGACCAGAAUUCAAACCUAUGGAGGUUAUAGGGUUUUCAUUGACAGAACAUUAUCCAGCUAUUUAUAUACCAGGAAAAGGGCCAAUCUUUAUAAACUACCCAGGAGUAGCAUUUAAAGAAAAACAUACAGCUAAUUGGCAUCAUUUGGAUUUUGCUAAAAUUUCUCCAGAUAUAGAAGACCAAAAUUUUAGCCACCACAAAUAUGAAGUUGAAAAAUUACCAUCUGGUGAAGCUCAUGAAACAGUCAUGAAUUUAUCUGUUGAAAUAGACAUUUUAGCGAAAUUAAAGAAAAAAGAGAAAUUAAAUGAUGAGAAAGCGAAAACGCCAAAAAAUGAAGAAAGUAAAGUCACUAACUUCCAAAAAGAAAAAUAAAAAAUUAUUGAAAAUUCAUUAAUAAUUUUAAUUAUAAUUUUUUUUUUAAAAAUGAGAGUAAGGAACAAAGUGAAAAGGAAGAAAUAGGAAUUAAAAAUAAAUCCUCAAGUAUUAGUAAUUCAAGCUCAUCAGAUAAAGAAGGGAAAGAAUCUAAAGAAAUAUCUAAAGAAAAAACUGUAAUAAAUGCUGAUGCUUCAAAAAGAGAUGCCAAAGAAAUAAAAAUAUCAAGUGAAGGCUCUAGUUCUUCAGACGAAAGUAAUGUAAAGCGGAAAAUAGAAAUCAAACUUAACAAAAAAGUCCCAACAAUUAUACAUUCUCCAAAAGUUGAUAUAAAGACCAAAAGCAAAAAGCAGAUAAGUGAAUCUUCUGAUGAAGAAAAUUUUAGAGUAUCUGCUCCAAAAAUUGAGAAUUCUAAAGUAGAGCCAAAGCUAACGCUAAAGCUUCCAAAGCAAAGAAAGUCUUCUAGCAGUGACUAUUCAUCUGAUAUAGAAACUGGAACGAUAAUAAAAUGGCUACGUGCAGAGUGGCUUUCACAGGCAGCCUUUCAUUCUUCGUGAUAUUAUAUGGAUAGUUUUCCUUAUCCACAAUGCCAAUAUGGAAUUACUGCGCCGGGUUAUUCGGUGGCUCAAGGAAAAAAGGAGACAUAUGAUUUUUGCUACGUGAUACACCUGAGGAGGGCGACCCUUAGGCGGAACACGCGCUGGAGUCAGGCUCAGGCAAGAUUAAACGUGGCCUGAAAAGAAUUCCCAGCCUUUUUGUGGGGUAUUCUGGAAGGUUUGCAAGACAAGAUGGCUGCUGACGUCACCAAUUUUGAAUUUAAAAGGGUGGGUUAUGCAUGCCUACAUCAUCCUGCUGUAGUAAGAAGCACGCUAAAACCUAAAUAACUAUUAGUAGAUAUAGAAACUGGAAAAAGCUGGCUUGAAGCCUAAAAUACAAGCAAAAACUCAUCUUCCUAAAAUUGAAGCCAAAGCUAAUGUCAAAAAGGGAAAAAAUAAAUUUUCCAAUAGCAGUUCAUCUGAAGAGCCUAAAGGAGAAGUUUAUGAGGAAGAUAAAAUCAGCAAAAAAUCCUUGGUUAUCAAUGCCGAAACUCCUAAGGAAGAGCAUAAAAUUGUGCUAAAGCUCCCAAGACAAAGAAAAUCUUCAAGCAGUGACUACUCAUCUGACAUAGAAACUGGCAAGCCUGGCUUGAAACCUAAAAUUCAAUCAAAAACAGCAACUCCAAAAGUUAAUGCCAAAAUCAAAAAUAAAAGAUCUUCAAGUAGCAGCUCAUUAGAAGAAUUAAGAGGAAAAGCAGAAACAGAAAUCCCUGGAAUCAAAGCAAGCAAAACUCCAGUUUUUAAAGCUGAUAUUAAAGCUUCUGAAUCCAAAAAUAAAAAGAAAUCAAGCAGUAGCUCAAGUGAAAAUAGCAGUAGUGAGAGAAAAAUAGGGAUUUCACUAAAAGGGUCAAAAAUGAAAGCUAAUGAAGAAGAGGCUGGAGAAAAAGGAGAAAAUAAAUUGAAUGUGAAAGGAGGAAAAAUCAAAGGAAAAGUAAAACUUUAA